CGCUGACGAGCGGCGGGCGGGCGGCCCGGGAUGGUGGUGGGGUCAUUUCUAUUCUAGUGGCGGCGGCUCACCCGCCCGGGCCGCGGCCCCCUGGAGCCCGGAGGGCGUGUCCCCCCGCCGGGGGCUCGGCGCGCCUAUAAGGGGCCGGAGCGGCCGCGGGGCGGACAUGCAGCUCUACAGCCCCGGCUUCAGCCACUACCCCUCGGGGGGCCCCGCCGCCUCUUCCCCGCCCUCGGCGGCCGCCGCCCCCUUCAAGGUCUCCCUGCAGGCUCCGGACGCCGCCGAGGCCGCCGGCGCUGACUGCCUCCCCGCCGCCGCCGCCCCGGCCGCCGAGUCCCGCGAAGCCGCAGCCGCGAUGCCCGCCUUCUCCUCGUGCUUCGAGAGGGCGGCGCCGGGCGCCCCCGCAGCCGCCGCGGCCGCCGGGCCGUGCAAGCCGCCGCUGCCCCCGCCGCCGCCGCCGCCGCCGCCGCCGCACUACGCGCCCGCGGCGCCGCCGAGCGCGCGCGGCCCGGGCCCCGAGCCCCGCGCCCGGCCGCCUGAACCGCCCCGCCGCUGCUCCUCGUCCGCCUGGCUGUUGGAGGAGCUGCUGCAGGCCGGCCCCGAGGACGGGCCCGAGCGCGGCUUCCGCUCGAGCGAGCCCCCGCAGGCCCCGGCCGCCGCCGCCGCGCCCCGCGCCCGCCGGCCCCGCGAGCCCAGCCCCCGGCGCUGGGAGGCGGCCGCGCCCGUGCCCCGCGCCCGCGGCGAGCCGGCCCCCGGAACCCCCGAACCCCCCGCUGCCGCCGCCGCCGCCGCCGGCCCCAAGGACGAGAAGCUGGCCCUGUACCUGGCCGAGGUGGAGCGGCAGGACAAGUACCUGCGGCAGCGGAGCAAGUUCCGCUUCCACAUCAUUCCCGACGGCAACUGCCUCUACCGGGCCGUGAGCAAGGCCGUGUCCGGAGACCAGAGCCAGCACCGCGAGCUGCGCGAGCAGACCGUGCACUACAUCGCCGACCACCUGGACCACUUCGGGCCGCUCAUCGAGGGCGACGUGGGCGAGUUCCUCAUCGCCGCCGCGCAGGACGGCGCCUGGGCCGGCUACCCCGAGCUGCUGGCCAUGGGGCGGAUGCUCAACGUCAACGUCCACCUCACCACGGGCGGGCGGCUCGAGAGCCCCACCGUGGCCACCAUGGUCCACUACCUGGGCCCCGAGGACGCGCGCCGGCCCAGCAUCUGGCUGAGCUGGCUCAGCAACGGCCACUACGACGCCGUGUUCGACCACUCGUACCCCAACCCGGAGUACGACAGCUGGUGCCAGCAGACCCAGGUGCAGCGCCGGCGGGACGAGGAGCUGGCCCGCUCCAUGGCCGUCUCCCUGUCCAAGAUGUACAUCGAGCAGAACGCCUGCUCCUGAGGGCCCGGCCCGGGCCCCGAGCUCGGACCCUCGCUAGACUGACUGUAAUGGCGAUGCCUUAAUCAUCUUGUUGGAGCCCCCACCCCCCCCAAGCUGAAGGUUGCAGCGCACCUGAAUGAUGUUUUACGACAGCCUGGAGUAGUCUGAAUGCUAUUUAUAAUGUGUUGUAUAAAGUUAGCACCACUUUAUUUGCAAGCUGAUUUUCUCAUAGUGUAUAUUUGUUUAUUCCCGGUAAUCUAUUUUCUAUAAAAAUGUAUUUUUGCACAAUAUUUUUUAAGAUUGGUGUACCUCCAUUUAUGAUGUCUCAUUUUGGCAAAUGGCUUUUGGGCAUAGACCCAGAGAAGUACUUUGUAUAAAGCUUAUUUUGUACAGAGUUUGUGUUCUUUUAUGCUCUUUGGGGUUUGAACUUUACAUUUAUUCUUUCAAAUGAAAUUGAUGUCAUUGAUGUUACCAGAUAAUUGAUCCAUUCCAUCUUGAUGAAAAGCAUUUCUUGAUUGGAAACCGUUGGAUUCUUUCCAAAAAAAAAAAAAAAAAGGAAAAGCUUUAAAAAAUUUUGGGGAAGGAAAUGAGGUAGAGGAAAAACAUUUUGUCUGAAGGACAGAACAAGUUUGUUCUGACUGACUGAGUUCUCAUAUUCAUUGGUGGUGUGAUUCCUGUAUUUUGGUUCCUGUGUAAAGUGGCCUCUUGAUUGUCUGGUGCUCUCGGUUUUAUUUAUUUUUCAUUUGUUACAAUAGGAUUUUAACAUAGGAUAAAAUGUGGUAACAAGAUAAUAGUCUUCUGCUUUUGUAAUAAGUGUCUUUGAUUCACCUUGGGGAUUUUAAAAUUAACAGUAUAAAUGUCCCUGACAGCAAUUAAAUUGUGGCAGGAGAAUAUUAUCUUUGUACUUUGUUCCUUUGAAGUACUUUCAAGGGUAAAACGGAAUUGUCCUGUAUUAUGUAAAGCUAUUUGAAAAGAGCUUGUAUGGUUUGCUGGGUCAAACGUUUCCAACUUAAAAGCUAUCUUGUUUCCAAUUUUAACUACUUUUAGUCAUAUUUAUUAAGUAAUGCAGUUUGUACUUUUUUAUUUUGUAAUAUUUUGUGAUUUUUUUGACUUUUUACUGUAUUUGUAUAAUAGGACUAUUCUCAGCUAAUGGAAUGAAUAAAUGCAUACUUUUAA